AACAUGGCGAUUACAGUAAUGUCAGCAAGUUUUAUACAAGAAGUUGUACAUUAAGUGUAUGAAAACUUAAUUUGUUACUAAAAUAUGUAACAUUUGUAUGUGUAGUGAAGAGUAUACAACUUUUGUGUUAAGUAGUUAAUAUGGGUUACCUCGUAUAAACGAUAUUUAUAUUCUUAAUGUUGACGUUGCCGAAUUGGAAGAAAGAUGAGCGCAGCAACUGAGGAACAGGAUCGCAUACAAAAGCGCGUAAAUAAGAUCCUGGAGACGCGCCUGGAAACGGACAAGGAUACGUUGGAUGCCCUAAAUGGAUUAUCCAGCUUUUUCACCGAAAAUACUUUGCAAAAUCGCCGCAAUUUGCGCAGUCAGAUCGAACAUCGUUCGGUUGGCAUCAAUCAGAAUUUUCUGAAAGCAUUUCGUGAGGUGAAACUUACGCUAGAUGCUGUCUGCACUGAUCUGGAUACGAUGGCCACAUCGGUGCAGACGAUGAAAACAGACCUGGAAACCUCCAAGGCGCUGACCAAAGAUCUAAUCGAGCAGACCAACAAAAUGCAAGAGGAACGCGAACGCCUCGAAGUGCAUCAGCAAAUCGCGCAAGCUUUCUUGGCGCGCUUUCAGCUCAGCGUGCCGGAGCAUCAAUUGCUCUACGGCACGGCCAAGGAUGCGCCCAUUGUGCCCGAAUUCUUUAAGGUGCUGGAUCGUGUGCAGUCCAUACAUUCCGAUUGCCGGCUGCUAAUGCAAUGCGGCUAUCAAACGGCUGCGUUGGACAUAAUGGAGGAGAUGACACUGCAUCAGGAGGGCGCACUGGAGCGUCUCUAUCGCUGGACCCAGAAUCAUUGUAGAAAUUUGGAAAACAACGAAAUCGGCCCCUUGAUCGUCGAGGCAAUGAGCCGGCUGCAGGACAGGCCGGUGCUCUUCAAGUAUGUCAUCGAUGAGUAUGCGAUUGCACGACGAGCUGUGCUCGUCAGGCAAUUCAUCGAGGCGCUCACCGAGGGUGGCCAUGGCGGCAAUCCGAAGCCCAUUGAGCUGCAUGCACAUGACCCGAAGCGUUAUAUUGGCGACAUGUUUGCCUGGCUGCAUCAGAGCAUUCCCAAUGAGAAGGAGAAUCUAAUGCUGCUCUUCAAGAAGUGCGAUAAGCAUGAUAUCUCGGAGCAAAUGCAAAAAGCUUUGAGCUACAUAGCCGAUGGCGUCUGCCAUCCGCUCAAGGUGCGCGUGGACACGAUAUUGGGCUCGGAACAGGAUACCAUCAUACUGUUCACCAUCUCCAAUCUCUUGCGUUUCUAUCAGCAAAUCAUGAAGCAGGUGGUGCAAGGCGGCAGCCUGGAACAGUGCCUCAUUGACCUGCAGCAGGGCAGCGAGCAGAUCUAUUUGAAUGCUUUGGCUGCUCAGGUGCGCAGCGUGCUGCAGCGGCCAGCGGGCACCAGUUUGGCUCUGGAGCCGCCGCAGCGUGAUCUAGUGCCGCCGGCCAGCGUUGCUCGACUGCUCAACAUACUGAAAGAGAUCCUCUCGGUGGCCACCAUGGUGGAUGGCCGCCAGGCGGACAUCACCAAGAUUGUCACCUGUGUCAUUGAUCCCCUGCUGCAAUCGGUGCAGGAGAGCGCCGCCCAUUUGCCCACCGUGGACAUGGCUGUCUACUUGCUCAACUGCCUGUAUCACAUGCAGAGCACCUUGGCGGUCUUUGAGUAUAUGGAUGAGCGCGUGGAACGUUUGCAGGCGCAGUCAGAUGCCCAGCUGGAUACGCUCACCUCUGAGCAGGCCUCCUCGCUGGUGGCCAAUCUCAAUCUGGGUCCCAUCUACACCAUACUUCAAAGCAACCAGACGAAAAUCGAGACGAAUUUGCUAAAGAUUUUCAUGUCCAAAAUGGAUGCAUUCCUCGAGCUGCCCGAUGUGCUGCUGCUGCCGCAGGUGCAGCUAAUCAUGUCCAGCGCCCAUCGCAGCACCGUCCAGCGACGCGCCUUCAACGUAAUUGUGGCCAUCUAUAAACAGAUCUAUGAACGUGUCCACGAUCCAGCCAACGGCUUCGAACAGCCCGAGGCGCUGCUGCACAAAACACCGGAUCAAGUGGCACGCAUAUUGGCCAACUAAUGGCGGGCAGUUGGCUGGCUUCAGCCUCUAAUUCUAUGUAUUUAUGUGUGUAUUCUAAUAUAUUGUAUGACUACUGUAGUCCAUCGUAGUUUACUGUGCCUAUUGUCCGCAUUUUGUGGCUUCUCCUCCUGGCAUACCCUAACUGUGGCUACGUUUUAUGUGCAACUCGUGAUUUGCUUGCUGCUAGCACAGUCUGCUUUCGUGUUGUGUGACAGUGAGCGACAGUUUAGCGCUUCUACAGUGAUCCCCAGCUAGCAUAAACUUAGUUUUAGCUUGAUUCUCCAGUGGAUUCUGCUUAAACAGUCUAUAUUUAUACACUAGCUUGGUAUUGCUUGUCCGUUUUAGCGAAGUUCUACUGUACCUUCAAUAAUAAUUGUCCGCAAAGUAAGUGCCUAGCGUAUUUAAGCUUCGUUGUGCUACAGCCACAGCCUUUUCUGCGCUUUGCUUUUCCAUUUGUUGUUAUUCUAAAUGCACAAUAGGCGCUAUAAGCUGAUAUAUAUAUAUAUUUCUGUAUGUAUAUAUGGUAUAUAUAUAUUAUAAUCGCCUGCUCUCCAUCUUCUGUCAAUUGUGCAAAACGCGCGCUUAUCACAGCAGCGCAGCGAGCCCUAGGCAAAGGAAAAGGCAGCAAAGAAAAUAAUACACAAAA